AUGACCUCCUCUUCAAUGUCAUCUCUGCAGGAGCCCCGAAAGGCUGACAUGACUGCUUGGCUCGCGAAUCCCGAAAAGGCUCCCCGGCCCUCGAGAAUCGCCGACGCCGUGGCCAUCGGCCCCGACGGCAAGGUCUACGACGGACUAAUCAACCUCCAGACCCGCUCCAUCGUCAGCUGGGAGGUCCUCGAUGGCUUGCAGCCCAUUAUCACGAUAGAAGAGCUCCAGCUCGUCGAGCACAUUGUGCGCAAGGACCCCAAGGUCAUUGAGCAGUGCAAGAUUAGCGGCAUCGCCGAAGAGGACAUGGACAAGGUCUACUGCGACCCUUGGACCAUCGGCUACGACGAGCGCUACGGCAGCAAGGUCCGCCUCCAGCAGGCGCUCAUGUACUACCGCCCGAAUGUCGACGACUGCCAGUACCAGUACCCCUCGACUUCUGCCCCGUCUUCGACUCGGCCGCUCAGCAAGGCCCCCGCCGUCAACUACCACCCCGAGGGCGUGGAGAAGCAGGGCGGUUUCCGCAAGGACCUGAAGACGAUCAACAUCACCCAACCCGAGGGCGUGUCCUUCAAGAUGACGGGCCGCCAGAUUGAGUGGCAAAACUGGAAGUUCCACAUCGGCUUCAACUACCGCGAAGGUAUUGUCCUGAACAACAUCACCUUUAACGACAAGGGUACCGAGCGCCCCAUCUUUUACCGAUUGUCCCUUGUGGAGAUGGUUGUUCCUUACGGAAACCCUGAGCGCCCUCACCAGCGCAAGCACGCGUUCGAUCUUGGCGAAUAUGGCGCCGGCUACAUGACCAACAGCCUGACCAUUAAGAACGCCAUCUGCAUCCACGAAGAGGACAGCGGUAUCCUCUUCAAGCACACGGACUUCCGUGACGACUCUGUCAUCGUCACCCGUGCUCGCAAGCUCAUCAUCCAGCAAAUUUUCACUGCUGCCAACUAUGAGUACGCCGUUCAGUGGAUCUUCCAUCAAGAUGGUACCAUCCAGCCCGAGAUUAAGCUCACCGGUAUCCUAAACACCUACGCCAUGCUUCCCGGUGAGGAUACCAACGGCUGGGGAACCCAGGUGUACCCCGGUGUCAACGCUCACAACCAUCAGCACUUGUUCUGCUUGAGAAUCGACUCCAACAUUGACGGCGCCAACAACACCGUCUUCACCACAGAUGCCGCCCAGGCCGAGGCCCCCGUUGGCAGUGCCGAGAACUUCUACGGCAACGGCUUCUACGCGAAGCGUACCAAGCUGGCCACCGUCGGACAGGCCAAGACCGAGUACGACGGCGCGACCAUGAGGUCCUGGGAUCUCUGCAACACCAACAAGCUGCACCCUUACAGCGGCAAGCCCAGCAGCUACAAGCUCGUGAGCCGCGAAAUCCCCGGUCUCAUGCCCAAGCCCGGCUCCCUUGUCUGGAAGCGCGCCGGCUUCGCCCGCCACGCCGUCUACGUCACCAAGUACCAAGAUGACCAGCUCUGGCCUGCCGGAAGGCACGUGCCCCAGACUUCGGGUGACCAGGACCUCGGCCUCCUCGAAUGGGCCGCCAACAACGACGAGUCCAUCGACAACACCAACGUCGUCUUGUGGCACACCUUUGGCGUCGUCCACUUCCCCGCGCCCGAGGAUUUCCCCGUCAUGCCCGUCGAGCCCAUCACCCUCCUGCUCCGACCCCGCAACUUCUUCACCAACAACCCCGUCAUGGACGUGCCCCCAGCUAUUGCAUCACCCCCAGCCAGGUGGCUGCCAACGCCAAGGGCGUGGCCCCGCGCACGACGACAACUCCACCUAUGCCGCCCCCGAGAGCGCCUGCUGCCCGGCUAA